UUUCUGAUAGAUCUGCCCAACAUGCUUGCAUCCGUCGCCUCCAAGCAGAUGCGCCAUAAGGCGUGCGCAAACGCCAUCAAGGCAUCUGCUUCUUCCUUGGAGCAAAAGAGAAACCUCCACGAUCUUAUGCUUAGAAAGAAGACUGGACAGCCCUUCACUAGACAAGGUGCUGGUGGUCGUUCCACCUCCAAUGGCCACGUUGCAACAGUUUUCGGAUGCACUGGUUUCCUUGGACGAUAUGUUGUUAACCGACUUGCCCAACAAGGUACCCAGGUCGUUAUUGCCCACCGUGAUCCUGAUGAGGCCAGACCUCUCAAGGUUACUGGCGAUCUUGGCCAAAUUGUUCCUCUCGAAGUUGACCUUAAGGACCGCGAAACUAUCAAUGAAGUUGUUCGACACUCUGAUAUUGUUUACAACUUGAUUGGUCGCGACUAUGAAACCAAGAACUACACAUUCGAUCAAGUUCACGUUGAUGGUGCUCGUGCCAUUGCCGAAGCUUGCGCGGAAAACGACGUUGCUAGACUUGUCCAUGUUUCAGCCUUGAAUGCCAACGAAGAUUCCACUUCUGGCUUCCUUCGCAGCAAGGCCCGUGGUGAGAAGGCAGUUCGUGAGGUUAUUCCCGGAGCUACCAUUGUUCGUCCUGGCACCAUGUAUGGCCAAGAAGAUCGUUUCUUGAACAGAAUCGGAACUGGUGAAGGUUGGCAAUUCUGGGUCAAUGAGUCCAAGGCCAAGAUUCGCCCCGUCUAUGCCAUUGAUGUUGCUCAAGCCAUGGAAAUCUUUUUGACUGCUGAAAGCACUAUUGGUAAGACUUAUGAGUUCUACGGACCCAAGGAAUACACCUAUGAGCAAAUUUUCGAGUUGGCUCGCGAAAUUAGCAAGAAGCCCUUGCCUACCUAUAAUGUACCAACCAGCAUUGCCAAGUUGGCCGCUAAGCUCGUCGACAGACUUCCUUACAACCAGAUGAUCUGCCCUGAUCUUAUCGAGAGAAUGACUUUGGAUGACAAGCCCACACCUGGUGCAUUGACUUUCGCCGAUCUUUACAUUGAACCCACAGACUUGGAUGCUGUUGCCAUUCAGUUCUUGAGACGAUUCAGAAGUACCGCCAUCUUUGAUUUGCCUUUCGAGAAGGGUGAUGGUCAGGUCAAGAAGGGAGUCUAUCACGUCAUAGACUAAAAGUCAUACAUAUUAAACCCACAACCCCCCAAAGUAGACAUAACCCGAUUGCUCAAGAGGAAAGAAUGGAAAUUGGUCUUUUGUAGAAUUAUUGUUCUUAUCCUUUUUGUGUUUCAAUAAUCAAACAUUA